ACAGAAAUUACUUUGACAAAGAAAUAAUUUUCGAUGGCGAUGAGUUAAAAUUUAACCAACCCGGAGAACUGGUUAUUACUGGUUAUCCUAAUUUGGAAAAGAUUUUAAACACUGAAAAUAAAGAGAUUAAAAAUAUAACCAAAAUAACUAUUAGUGACUGUCCAAAAUUGAAAAUAGUGGAUAUUAAUAAUUUCGUAGAUAAUCAGAAAUUAGACAUCAUUAAUUGCUCUGGAUUAGAAAGGCUCGACUGUAAUAAUAACCAACUGACUAAUUUAGACUUGAACGA